AUGGCAGAACCAAGACUUCCAGACGUCUACGGCCCCGGGACCUUUACCGACCGAGAACUGGUUCCGAUACUGACGGAUGCGCACCGAAUACUCCGGGUCUUGGCAACCCAAACCCCUGGCUUCACAGACAAUGAGGUCGUCCUGUCAAAAGUUAGGUUUGAAGGCGAGGCCGAGCCUGUGAUCCCAGGCCCUGUCAAGUCUACGCCUGUUGCAGCAGCACUCCAUGCCAUGACCGGUAUCUUGGCCGAUGAGAUUCUAACGCUCCGAGGGUUGCCUAGUCCUACCAGGAAGGUGGUCAUCAACACGACACAUACAACCCUGUGGCUUGGAGGUGUGGCGGCAGUUUACCUCGACCACGAGUCGAUUAUAUCCUUGAUGAGAGAUAAGAAGAGGUUCGGUGAGCUGGUUCCGGAUUGGCAGCAAAGAGGUUUUGAUCCUAAGUUGAACCCCCUGCUCAAGCUGAGAGCAACGGGUAUCUAUCCCACCAAGAUACCUGGGCAGUGGUAUAACCUCCAUGGAUCCCUCAACCCAGAACCUAUGCUUCGUAACCUCGGCAUUGACCCCUUCCCUGAAGCAUCGAUCACAACCCUCGACGAGGCAGCGGCUUACCUCCGCAAGAAAACAACAAAGAUGUCACCCACCGAAGUGGAGUGCCUUAACCUCUCGGCCGGUCACUGCGGGACAAAGUGCCAUACUCCCGCCUCCUGGUCCGCCACCUCGAUGGGAAAGUCCCUGGCUAAGCACCCGCUAAUCGAUGUCAUCCCCCCGCGCUCCCACUCCGUCCCCUCACCACCUACCCCCUUCCCGGCUCUCAACACGACCAACACCCUUCCCCUGUCAGGGGUAAAAGUCCUCGAGCUAGCCCGCAUCAUCGCCGCCCCGGUAGCCUCCUCCAUCCUUGCGUCGUUAGGGGCAACGGUCAUCAAAAUCAACGCCCCCCAUCUGCCGGAUAUGUCUGUUCUUCAGCUCAGUCUGACAGCCGGCAAGAUCACCACCUGCCUUGAUCUUCGAGAUCCCACCGACAGGGAUAAGCUUCAGGAGUCGUUAGCCGAAGCGGAUGUUUUUAUUCAGGGGUUCCGUCCCAGUGCGUUAGAUAAAUACGGUCUUUCCCAACACGAUAUCCUGUCCAUGGCUGUCAAACGGAACAAGGGAGUGGUGUACGUGACGGAGAAUUGCUUCGGUCCUGAUGGGCUGUAUGCUAGUAGGCCCGGGUGGCAGCAGGUGGCUGAUUGUGCUUCUGGUGUGGCGUACGUCAUGGGGAGGGGUUACGAGUUGGCUGAUGGGGAGCCUGUCUUGCCUAGUUUGCCGGUUAGUGAUAUGACUUGUGGGCUUGUCUGUGCUGUAGGGGCGAUGAUGGGGUUGUUGAAUCGGGCGAAAGAGGGGGGGAGCUGGAUUGUGAGGGGGAGUUUGGUUAGAGUUGAUACGUUUUUUUUGGAUAAGGAGGUGGGUUUGUAUCCUCGGCAUGUGGUGGAGAGAUGCAAGGAGAGGUUUAAUUGGGGAGUGAUGAGGGGGGAGAAUCAUGUGUUGGAAUUGUUGAAGAUGACGUGGGAGGGGUGGGAAGGGGAUAGGGUGAUGAGAGGGUAUUUGAGGGAGGAGGGGGAGUGGUGGGAACGAUGGAGGGAGAGUGCGUUUGGGGGGAGGGGGUUGGGUAUUUUGAGGCCUGUGGUGCGGUUUGAAGGGGAGGGAAUCAGGGAGGAAGUGCAGCCCAGGUGGGCGAGGGGUCCGGUGCCGUUUGGGUUUUACGAGAAGGGGGAUGCCAUGUUUUAA